UCUGACAAAACAAGGAUGUUGCUGCUUUAUUUGUCAGUGAUGAUCAAGCUUUUCUUCCAGUUGGAUGCAUCUAUUUGUCCUGAAAAGUGUGACUGUCCUUCAAAAAAUGCAAUUCACUGCUCUGGCCCCCAGAUAAAAGACCUGGAAUCGCUGCAGCUGCCUUGCAAUGUGACAGAGGUUCACAUCACAGGCACUAACGUAACACACUUGCAGGAUGCUUUCUCUGGGAUGGGGGAACUGCAGCGUCUCAUCUUGCCUUCCAACAACAUCUCUCUGAUUUCGCCACUGGCUUUCAAAGGCUUGAGAAGCCUGAAAGCCCUCAAACUGCUAGAUAAUAAGCUAGUUGAACUGCCCCUGGGAGUGUUUGACGACAUGGUGCAGCUUCAGCAACUGAUCAUGGAAAAUAACAAAUUGAAAUCCAUUGCAGAAAGCCUGUUUGACAAGCUGGCUGGUUUGGAAGAGCUUUUCUUGAACAAAAACCAACUAACAGCACUUCCUAGUGGUGUGCUGAAGAAGUUUGCCAAACUCAAAUUGCUCAACUUGUCAAGAAACUAUUUGGCAGCACUACCUAGAGGUCUGUUCAGUGCCUUAACCAGGCUUGAGAAGCUGAUGCUGUAUUUUAACAGGCUGCCUUCCAUAGAGCCUGGUAUGUUUGAUAACCUGAAGGAGCUGCAGCAGCUCUUCCUGCAUUGCAAUAACAUCCAGUCCAUUGCCCUUGAUGCAUUUCAUUGUCUUCAUAAACUGAGAAUCCUAACACUCUCCAGAAACAAGCUUGAGGUUUUGCCUCCUGGGCUCUUUCUGCACUUGCACGAGCUGUCUAAACUGACCUUGUACAAGAACCCACUGAAGUCUCUUCCAGGAGUGUUGUUUGGAGAAAUGAAGCACCUGGGUAGCUUGUGGCUGUAUCACACAAAGCUCUCAACGGUACCGGAUUUUGUGUUCAGUAACUUGACAAACUUGGAGCUGCUGGUGCUGAGCUUUAAUCCUGAAUUUAGCAUUCUUCCUAAGCAUGCAUUCAGUGGCCUGAGUGCGCUGCGAGGCCUUUCUCUGCACACAAACAAUAUUUCCAGUUUGCCAGAGGGCAUCUUCCUGAGCCUUCAGAAACUGCAGAACGUUUCCCUCUUUGAUAAGAGGCUUGGGGUAGUUCCUCGAAAUCUCUUUCGUAAUCUCAAGCACCUUCAGAAAGUUUACCUGAAUGGCAGUCAACUGCAGUCUCUUCCUGGAGACUUCUUCACUGGUUUGCCUGAGCUGCAAGAAGUCUUCCUUGAUGACAACCCCUGGAAAUGCGAUUGCCAAAUUCUUGGCUUGCGAGAGUGGAUCCAGCAAAGCGUGGAGAUAGUUAAAAACGUGCCCUCUCUAACGUGUCACAGCCCACUGGCACUGCAGAAUAUUUCCCUGGUGGCUCUAACAGCUGAUCACCUGAAGUGCCAGCCAACCACAGCCAUCACAUACCAGGCCUUCAGCUCAACUUACUCACAGACUUCAACUUCUCUUGGGACAGAGCACUUACCCUCUUGGAAGACUGCUGUGACAACCAUGGCAGAGGUGGAUGCCAGCACACCCACAGCAGUUCCUCUUGUGACUCCAGGUGUUACCUACUCACGUGUUGAAGCUGUUGGACAGCCUGGGUUUCAUUUCUCAGGUGUUCCAACUCAAGCUUCUCCCAGUGCCAUAGUACAAACUGACAGAGUCAGUGGAACAGAUUUAACAACUCCUCCCUGGUGGGGUGAGUUGCCAGCCCAGAGGGGAGCUAAACCUUAUUUUAAUGCCAGAGUUGCUUAUUGUCAGCAGCUCUUGUGCCUUCACAGUCUGACUUUAGCACUGCAGGCUCUAACCAUUGUGCUGAGUCUGUAUGUGAUGGGUAAAACCAGGCAACUCUUGCACUCCAGAAAUCCUGCUCAGCCUGUAGUUCUAAUCAAAUUUUUAAGAAGAUGA